AACGUUUACCAAUGGAUAAGUAACACCGAAACCUGUUCGCUCCGGAGUCGAAAAUAUUUUGAUAUUUCGGAUCGUGUAGUGUUCUCUUGUGCCUCGACAUAGAAGGACGUACACACAAUAGACAUGGAACAAAAGAAUGAAUAUCACCGAACGAUGUCACAGUCCACCGUGGGCUACUCGCCACUGCCCGAGCCAUCAGCUCGGGAGUCUCCUCCGCGACGCCAAAUACUCUAUGAACAGCCAACCAGCUGUUGCAUUCGUGAUAUGCGCAAUCAGCCUCAGGCGAAUGCCUUGGGCGCUGCUGCUUUAAUCUUCCUGUCGGGCGGCAUGAACAUAGCCUGGAGCAUAGGCUUCGACAAUCUGGCAGACGAAAUAGUAAUCUGUAUGCAUCUACGGAUUUCUUGGUUCAUCGGGGCUAUCAUCGGAUCCGUGCUCGGCGUUGUAUUCUCCAGGUGCCUCACCUACAAAUUGCUAAUGCAACUCUGCUGCCUGCUCACCAUUGUUGGCGGCAUUCUAUUUACUGCGACGCAGCUGAAUGUGGACGCCAUGAUGGCUGCGCGUUACCUUAAUGGCUUGGCCAAUGGACUCGCGCUGCCCGCCACCUUGUCCACAGGUGGCGAGUUGGUGGUUUUUUACAAGCGUGGAACCUACGUGUCCGCCACAGAGCAGCUGAGCUGCACCCUGGGCAUAUUCAUGCAGAUCGUGUUCAGCGUCAGCUGGAGCCCGGACUAUGAUCUGACGGCGGACCAGCUGCAGGGCGUGCUCUGUACCAUUUAUGGGGCCAUUGCACUCUUCCUGGCCACCGUAUUCAUUGUGGAGUCGCCAGUGCAGCUGCUGAUCCAGGGCGAGCAGGAGCUAGCCAUCGAUGCACUGAUCCGCCUUCAAUAUCCCAAAACCAUGACGGUGGAAACCAGCGAUCAAAUGACUGAGCACAGCGCCUACGUAGCCCAAAACAAUUCACUGCGCAGUACUGAGGCUUGGUGCCAAGCACUGCCCGCUCUGUUGCGUCUCUGCCUGCUCCGUGCACUCUACGCCAUGAGCACGAGCAUGCUGAUCGUCUUUACGCUCACGCUGGCCAGCACCAGUGUCUAUGGACUCAGUAGCGGUCCGUACGUGCUCUUUGGCCUGCUACGGCUGGCGGGCAGCUGCAGCGGCGCCUUUGUCCAGGACACGCUUGGCCGGAAGCUGACUCAGCUGAUUGGCUUCAUGAUAUGUGGGGCUGCAUCUAUUGGACUGGCCACCAGGUUCUCGAGUGCGGACUUCGUUAGACUGCCAGACUUGAGGAAGGCUGUGUGGAUGCUCUUGAUAUUCCAGUUCUUUGCCGGCCUCGGAUUCGCGCCCAGCUCGGUCUACUUAUCGGAGGCCUUCCCGCUGUCCGUGAAGCGCAUGUGCAUCGCCAUCGCCUAUAUCGUAGAGCUAAGUAUUCAGCUAGCCGUGUGCUACGUGGAGCUCAAUGUGCACACCAACUGCAUCUACUUCUACGGCCUUGGCGUGUUUACGCUGCUGGGCUUUUUGUUCGGCCACUGGUAUCUGCCAGAGACCAACUACUUGACGCUGCGUCAGGCGCAGCAAAAGUUUCGCGACUUCUCCUGAAGCAGUCGGCUCACCAAGACUUUUUGCCAUUUAAUAUUAGCUAGAUGUAGGCAAACGUAGUAGCUCUAUAAGGAGCAUCUUUUGCACAUAUUCCUAUAUACAUAUAUUUAUUGAACGACUGAUAACGGCUGUAAUACCCUGCAAUUAUCCGAAACUCUUGCAAUAAGUGUCUAAUCAGCGGCCAAUUCUGGCAUCUAGUGCUCGCUCAUGACUAAAGAAGAUAAUACAAGUGCAGUUUUUAAACCUGGUAAAGAAAAACUUCAUUAUUUUACUUAUAUAUACCAUUUUAUUUAUAAUUAUUUGCUUGACGUAAACCAAAUGAUAAGAGUUCGAUUGCCAAAAUAUUUACUGUCAAUCGCCAGUUGAAUGACGUACAAAUAUUGCGAAAUCCAUCAACAAAUGAUUAUGCAUCUCUGACAGCAUUUAUCUGCUAAGACAAAUAUAAAUAUUUGUUAUGUCUACGCUAGACGACAGACAGACAGACAGUAAUACCUAAUUAGGACGAGUUAUAAAUAUUAAUAUAUUAUAAAUGUAUACAGAAAUAUAUACCUAAGACAACAUGCACUUGCGUUUGAUUAUUGUAUUGCCCUUUUUUGAUAAAAGUCGAUAAAACACACAUGACUCAAGAGCAGAGAACCAACUAGAAAGAACAAUAAAAAUAUAAACAGAAAAUAGAAAGGCAGAGAGAUACAUAGCAAUAGAGAGAGAGAGAGAGAGAGAGAGAGAGAGAGAGAGAGAAAUACAAUAUUCAUGUAGGUUUAACUGCAAGAAUGAGCAAAGAUAAGAUGAAGCCGAUUGAUACUGCAAUAAUAAAUGUAUGAAACUUCUAAUCAAAACCUUGAAUCAAGAAUCUACAAUCCAGAGUCUGCUAAAUAACAAGAAUAUCAACAAACAAAUAGCUAUCAUAUAAUAACACAAUAUUGUAUACAUACGGACUUUAAAAUGACUAUGGCCUAGUUUAAGUAAAAAUAUAAAGAUUUCAUAUAUGUAUAUGUACAUUUAUCGUGCAUCUAUAACAUUUGAAAAAGGGCAUCAACUCAAUUGACUUUUUGACAUGUAAAGAAAAAUAUUCGUUGAAAGAGUUUUCUGUAUUUAUUUAUGGAACGUGCAAUAAAUGCGUAAAGCGUCUGUAA